AGUUACAACCGAGGUCCGUUAGCAAGUGGUGUAAAUAAUAGUUUAUUGGUAGUUCUGAAGAAAAUUCAAGGUGCUUUUCGUUGUAUGACUUGUGAAAGUUCUGCGAUAGUUGAUGUCUAGGAGGUGUUAAACUAGCUGCUACUAGUACAUGUGCGAAGUUUGAAUUAGAUAGUGAACGUUAUGGAAAAUAAUCUGAAUAAUAGUUACUGUGGAAAAGAUAAUAAAAACGUUUCCAACGGACUGAGUCAUGCAAAUGGAAUCGCUCUCGCCAUACCAAUUUCGGAAACACCCAGCCGGGAAAAAUGGGGUAAAGGAGUGGAGUUCAUGCUGUCCUGCAUUGCCUACUCGGUAGGUUUCGGAAACAUCUGGAAAUUUCCCUAUACGGCUCUUGAAAAUGGCGGUGGAGCGUUUCUGAUCCCAUAUCUGGUGGUGCUGUUCGUAAUCGGACGUCCAAUCUACUAUCUGGAGAUGGUGAUGGGACAGUUCUGUAGCCGAGGGUGCGUUAAAAUCUACGACAUGGCACCGCUCAUGAGAGGUGUUGGUGUGGGUCAAUCCAUCGCCAUGUUUGUCGUUAUGACUUAUUAUACUCCGGUGCUGGCGAUCACUCUGUAUUACCUGAUCGCGUCCUUUAGCACUGAGCUUCCCUGGAGCACAUGUGAUCCAUCGUGGAGUCACUGCAUCAACUCUAACUAUAGGGGAUAUUUGAACACAAGCGAUCCAGAGCUGCAGAACAUGAAUGUUUCGGCUGAACUCUACUUCACAAAAACCGUCAUGCACAGAGCUCCCUUGGCGGACGGUAUCGGAUUCCCAGACUCCGAUCUGACCAUUUGUCUGCUCAUAUCCUGGCUCGUCGUAGCCGGUAUUCUUAUCAAAGGCAUUCGAAGCACGGGGAAAGCCGCAUACUUUCUCGCGCUUUUUCCUUAUGUGAUCAUUUUGGUUCUCUUCAUCCAUUCGUGCACGCUGGAGGGUGCCUGGAAAGGGAUCAUGUUUUUCCUGACACCAAAGUGGGACCAACUCUUCACGGCCCGAGUGUGGAUGGAAGCCGUGACGCAAUGCUUCUUCUCGCUGUCGAUCUGCUUUGGUGGAAUAAUCGCGUACUCGUCGUUCAACAACUUCUCCAAUAACGUUUACAGAGAUGCCAUGAUUAUCUCCUGGCUGGACACAUUCACCUCCAUAAUCGUAGGCUGCAUAGUAUUCGGAGUGCUGGGAAAUCUUGCCCACGUGACACACAAGGAGAACAUCCAGGACGUGGUACGCCAAGGGCCUGGCCUAACGUUUAUGGCAUACCCGGAUGCGAUUGCCAAGUUCGAGUACCUGCCGCAGCUCUUUUCCAUCCUAUUCUUCCUGAUGCUUUUCAUCGUUGGCAUCGGGAGUAACCUGGGAGUGAUUACCAGUAUUAUCACCGCUAUUCGGGAUCGCUGUCCGGAGAUUCCAAACUGGAAGGUGGCUAGCACGAUCAGCGUUCUAGGGUUCAGUCUGAGUACCGUUUACAUGGCUCCUGGUGGAUUGGAUCUUCUGGAUGUGUUUGAUAACUAUGGAGCGAAAUAUGUCACGCUUACCUUUGCGUUGUUUGAAUUGAUCACCUUCGCGUGGAUAUACGGCGUGGAUCGUAUCUGUCGGGACAUUUAUUUCAUGCUGAAUAUUAAAACAAGCAAAUUCUGGCGAAUCUGUUGGGCAAUCGUCGCUCCCGUGGUCGUUGGGGUGAUCCUGGCAGGAAGCUUCAUCGAGCACAAACCGGUUGAUGUUCCGUGGGAGUACAACGUGAUGGGAUGGUUCGUCUAUGCAUUUGCGGUAAUCCAACUGCCAAUUUGGGCAAUUUAUUCCGUGCAUGUUCAGGAACAGAAAGGAUUUCUCGAGAAGUUGAAGAGUGCCUUCAAUCCCACCAAGGAUUGGGGACCGGAGGAUGAGAACACACGAGAGGUGUACAUGUUGUCGAAUGAAAAACAUAAAUCAAUCACUGGAGCUAGUGAGAAAUCCAGCGUAGGAGCAUUUGUGUAUAGGAGAAUUUUCAGUUGACAGCUUGCCACAACCUAGCUAGUAUUAUGUGAUAUAACAACUGCAAAUAAUAAUAGUUUGUUGAAAACUUGUGAAUCAUAGAUUAACUGUUGAAAAUUCAAAAGUAUUAACCUAUUUUGGACUGCGUUUCUAUAUUGUACUCCACAAGAAAAAAAAGAUUUUUUGAUGAUUUCAAUAGAUAGUCAACUAAUAAGAUUCUAGUCUAAAACGAGUCGAGAGUUCCAAUCACCGAAAGGUAAUUGGUUGAUUCCGAUAGUUACCAGUUAUUAGGCAAUAUUCAGGAAGGAUUUUCUGACAAAUUUGUCAGUUUAUUUAUUUUAUUAAGUGUAGUUGAGUUAUUCAGUGAAGUGUAUUGUCCUGAAAAUAAACUAAAC